AUGCAACCUGCCGUUUUCCCGUAUCCAUUUGUGCUUGUGACGAUGCAUUGCUUCUGUUGUUCCUUGUUCUCCGGCGCCCUUCUGCUUUGCAAGCCAUCGCUGUUUCCUGCGCUGACGGAUCCAGACAAGAUGGUUGACAUCACCCCGCAGUACUACGUCAGGGAAAUACUUCCCAUUGCGGGCUGCUUUGCAGUGUCAUUAGUAACCAGCAACAUGGCCUACAAGUACUGCACUGUUGCUUUCCUCCAGAUGAUGAAGGAGUCCAACAUAGUGACCAUCUACCUCAUGUCGGUAGCGGCCGGCAUCGAGAACUUCUCUUUAGUUCAGUCCAUGAUCUUGGUUGCAAUGGUGUGCGCAACCUGGACGUGCGUCCAGGGUGAGUUGCACUUCUCUGCGCUCGGCCUGCUACUGCAAGCCAGCUCCUCCUUGGCGGAAGCGGCGAAGACCAUCUUUCAGUGUUUAGCCUUGGCGCAUGGCUCCGGAAAGAAGUUAGAUCCACUGUCUGCAGUGCUCGUGAUCAUGCCUUUGUGCGGUCUCCUGCUGGCAAUGGUGAUCUUGUUCCACUGCCAUGCUUACGAGCUGACUUUCGUCACCAUUCCGACGUACAGCCAGAUCUUCGAGCUUCGCUCUGACUUGGCCUUGAAUGUUGCGAACGCGUUUGUUCUCAAUGUCCUCAUCGCCAUGUUCCUGAAGAUUUUGUCCCCUGUCGCCUACAUCCUCACCGGCAACGUGAAGGACAUUGCCAUCGUUGUCAUGUCUGCCUUGCUCAUGCACGAGUCCAUCAGCAACCAGCAGAUCUGUGGCUUCAGCAUGCAGGUUGUUCUUGUGUUCCUUUGGAGCGCUUUGAAGCAGCUUACAAAGAAGAGCUGCUCGAGCUGA